CUAAAAAUUAUGAAGUAAACAAGACUCGUUUUAUAUUGUUUUUGUAUGUAUUUUCAUAUAUAAAACAUGUUAUAUGAGGCAUUUAUGGCGGGUACUUGGGCGUCGAUUGGGAGUACUAUAGGGAAACUGACAGGCACACCAAGCAUAGUAGGUGACGGCUACGUGAUAUGGGCAUUGCUCCUAAUCCUGAUGGUAUCCAUCAACACAUGGGGCUGCCGGUACUACCUGAGGUCUCUCGACGCUGCAGACAACUCAGCAGCACCUACUGUCAUCUCUGCUGCUUCCAGUUAUGUGCUAUCGGGUUUCAUCGGCAUUUGUUUCUUCGGCGAGUUUUCGUCGGUGCGGUGGUGGGCCGGUGCCCUGCUCAUCGUUAUAGGCUUGGCGCUAGUCGCACGAUCAACACCCGAAGAUAAGGGAAAGAAAGACGAAUAACAAUUUAGAGGUUUGGCAUUUCCAGCGGUGGUACUGGUGGUGCUGAGUACCUCUAAGUUUUUUCGAAGACAAACGCUGCACGCAUCAUGAUUUACGCCGAAAGGGACCAAAAGGGAAGUGCGCCGAAUUAUUUUUAUGAGUCGAACUUAGUCUGUUAAGUAAGUACAGUUAUGUGUUGUUAGUGACAGAUGUUGUCGUAGUUAUAUGUAUCUAUAUGUAUAAUGUAAGUAAUAAUAUUACUGAUUGUACCUGAUUUAACACAAAAGUACAUGUUAACUACUGUAACAUAUUAAAUUAACCAU